AUGUCAAAUGAAAUGGGUCGCAAAGAAACACGUUACUUACAGACUUUAAACUGUGAUUCAGUGGCCCAGCAAAACAUGAAAAUGCGACCAGUGCUACUGAAAAGGAACAGUCUGGACUCAGCAGAUUUCAUGAGGCCCCCCCAGCACCGCAGGAGCAAAUCCCAGCAGGUCCGCUUCAAGGAUGAUGGUGUCAGCACCCGGGCAGAGCUGGAGGCUAAUCCUGCCCGAGACACAGCACUCACUACUGGCAAAACAGAAAUAUUUAGGGAUCACAAUUUUUUGCUAACUCAGUCUCCAACUUUUCCAAGGGCUCACAAGGGGCUUCGGAAUAUUGCCAUACAAACUUCUCCCAGCCUCAGGAAACACUUCCCUGUUUUUAAAAGGAAAAAGCUGACAGUAAGCAAAUCACUGACAGAAAUGCCAGCAGAGCCUGCAAACUCUAUCCAGGUAAAUGGCAACCUUUGUGAACCAGACAUUCUGUCCUCAGAGCUCUGCUACUUGAGGAUAAGUCAUCACUUGGAGGAUGGAUGCAGGAAUAGUGAGGUGGGCUUGGGUCAAAGGCCAGCAAAAGCACAAAGCAACGGACCGAAGUGCUCGGGGGAUUUCUCAGUGUCAGACAAGACAACUGCGUCUACACAGGUGCCUGAAUACAUUCAUGUGGGUUUCCCACAAGACAGAAACGUUCCCCUGGAUGCACCAGACACAACCACAGCUUCAAGUAAUUCACUGCAUUCUUCUACCGUCACCAACAGCCACGAAAGUCAUGCAAACAGCACACUGUCAUCUGAUUCUGACAGGGCAGAGCCUUGCCUGAGCAAUUCUGGGAACUGCAGUGAAUGUAACCCCCACUCUGCUGCUCCUGAGGUGCAGGAAAGCCUUCCUGAGCCACCUGCAGCCAGCAAAGAUGCCAGCAGUAAGGAAACUACUCCGCUGUCACCCCCAUCAAAUCACAGCUCAUCUCCUUGUUUCCUCAGAGACUGUCACCAGGCAGGAGAGCACAAGCCAGGUUCCAGCUGUGUGACAUUCCCAAGUGAUGAUUGCCCCCCAGUGUCACUGCCCAGCAGCAAUGCAUCCAAACCGUGUAACACUGAAAUCCAGAACAAUUGCACCCAGUCAGAGGUUUCCCAGAGUAACAGCUGCUCAGAAGGAUUUCACAUAAAGUCUUUUCCACCAAGGAAUGAAAUGAACCCACAAAGCAACAAAGAGAUUAAUGAAGUAAAUCAAAUUCACUUGGCACAUGGAGAACUCUGUGCCCUACAAGGCAGGCUGCAGUCUGUAGAGGAAUCCUUGCAGUCCAACCAGGAGAAGAUUAAAGUUCUUUUGAAUGUAAUCCAAGACCUGGAAAAAUCCAGAGCACUCAGUGAAGGGAGGAACUUCUACCACACUGGGCAGGACCUCAACAACUGCAGCACCUGCCAGAACACGGCGUGCAUCAUCUACAGUGUAGAAUAUGACUUCAGACAACAGGAAGGAAGAUUUCAUCAAAUUUUGAAAACACUGGACAAUGCAGAGCAAAAUCCAGCUUCAGCUUCACCUCAGAAGCCACCACCUGAUCCUCCAGCUCCCGAGAAAAAGGAGUUAAGGAGAAAGACAAAAAAGGUGAAAAGAAAAUGCUUCUGGUGGAUUUGA